GUAGUGGUUAUGUGUAUGAGUUGAGGCUUCCUUUUACUUGUGUUUAUAGUUUUACCAUCGGCCUGUUUUGCCUUUGUGUGUGUAAGUUGAAAGGUUAAGUGAGCUUUGACCGCACAAUCUGGAUGAUGUGGAACCCGUGGUUAGUACUAAGUUUUGCGGCUAUGACCCAAUGUCACAGUCCGGCUAUAAUGUGGCCAGCUGAUCAGUUCGCACUAGCGGAUGGUCAAUCUGCUCUAGAGACGAUGUCGCUAGAGGACUUUCAGAAGAUGUUCCAAGAUAAAAAAGUGGUGGUUUUCCAUAAGUACAGUUUUACGAUUGAAAACGUGGCCUACCCGUCCAAGCCCAUCCAUUAUCUACAGACAGUUGAUGCGAUUGCACUACAAAACAUCAAAUCUGCUCAUCGUAUGUUGGCUUCACUAACCGAAUCGGACUCGGUGAAGAUUGUCCAGCUAGACAAUGGCAAUUUGGCUGACCAGGAUCAAUUGAUCAAGGAUACAAUGGAGGCAAACCCCGGGUUCGCUGGAAUUCUGAUUGGAUUGGGAUCAGGUUCGCAACGAAGUCGUCGUGCUGCUGAUGACAAGUCCAAAGCUGCUUGCGAAAAGCGUGGUACAUCAGAGAAGUGUAUAGCGUACGUUGCGGCAGUCAAGGUUGGUGCCUCUGGUACUGGUAAGUGCGAAAUUCAUUGUCCUGAAGAGAAAUCGCUAACAAUUGAAGUCCAAGACAACAAUGAUACCGCUAUUGCCACUAUCAAGGUCGUUGAACACUCUGGCGGCUACCAGCUCAGCGUAGAUGGUGACCAGUACAAAUUCGAUGUGGAUGCCAAAAGCACUUGGACACCGUAUUCGUUCUCGUUCUCUUGCGCCGAGCUUAAACUCAUCCCGACGGCGAAGAACACGCAGAAAGACGUGUACUUCUUGAGCGGCCUACAGCUCUGGCCAAAGGCGGGCAAGGAGACGUUCGGCGAUUCCUUCGAUUGUUCGACGUGGUUUACGCCCCAACUCUGGAUGGGCUUCUUGAUUUCGCUCUUCUACUCGGCGAUACUCUUCGUUGCCAUUCUAUUCCUAUUAGAUGUGAAGACCAACGACCGUUUCGACGACCCGAAGGGCAAAACUAUCACCGUUAACGUGUCUGAGUAACGGAACGGAUCUGCAGUUAUCUUGAGCACGAAUAGCAGACGUGAUUCGCAAAGGAAAGCUUCUAAUCUUAUUAAUUAGUGGUAGUUAUUGAAGUUUAGGUUAUUGCGGAGGUGAUGGCUUCAGAAUCAGAUGACUUUUUAACAAGCAACAUCUCGAUGAAGACGCUAAUGUAUGUAAUCGUGAAUGCAUCAAAAAGUUUCAGUUCAAAA